AUGAGAAAUGACAGAGGUGGGUCGUUGUCUUCAAGUAAAGGCAAGAAGAAGAGUAAUUCAGAGAAGCCUAGGCCGCCCCGGAGAGGGCUUGGUGUUGAUCAAUUGGAGAGGAUUUUACACGGAAAUAUGGCGUCUCCUUGUAUAACUUACCCUGGAUAUUUCAACCACGAAGACAUGAGAGUGCAGAAUGCUUGUUCAUCUUUUUCAUAUUCAUCAACUUCCUUGGCUUCUUAUGGUUUCCUCCCCAGCAAGAUGGAUUCAAAACCAACAAAGAUCAAGCAGAGAAGUAACUCAGUGGAACCCAGCAGUCGGAAUUCUGAGUCAGGUGAUGCACGAGAGCUAGAUUUGGAGCUCAGAUUGUCAUUGUAA